AUAUAAAAAUACACAAAAAUGAUGGCCGACGAAGAGCUCGGCGAUGAGGUGAAGGUGUUCCGUCGGGAUGAGGAUGCUGACGAUGAUCCAAUGAUUAGUGGUGAAACGUCAGAACAACAGUUAGCCGAUGAUAAAAAAGAAGCUGUAAUGGAAGCAGAAUUAGACGGUGCCGGUCGAAAUCCAUCGAUUGAUGUGUUAAAAAGUGCAUUUCCAAAAGUCGAACCAAUGUCACCAUCGUUUCCCGGUUUAAUGUCACACUUCAGUCCUGGAUACUCGGCAGCUGCUUUACCCAUGUUUAUGCCUCUAUUUAUGAAUCCAUACGCAGCAGCACUACGAUCACCAAGCCUGAUGUUUCCAAUGGGAGCAAUGAGCCCCACAUUUCCAAUGUUCCCGCCAAGUCCUGUCUAUGGAGCAGCAAUCGCUGCGGCAGCCGCCAAACAACACUUUGAGAAUAUGGCUCCACUGAACAUGCGAGCCGGUCAUCCAAUGAAUCAGAUGGGAAUGCCACCAUACAUGCAUCCAUCAUCAAUGGCUCCACAGAAUGUCGAUCGAAGGGCUCAAGGAGGUGGAAAAGCGAAGAAGGAUGAUCAUGUGAAGAAGCCAUUAAACGCGUUCAUGUGGUUUAUGAAGGAAAAUCGAAAAGCACUGCUGGAAGAGAUUGGAAAUAAUGAGAAACAGAGUGCAGAGUUGAAUAAAGAGCUUGGAAAGAGGUGGCAUGAUUUGUCGAAGGAAGAACAGGCGAAAUAUUUUGAAAUGGCAAAGAAGGAUAAGGAAACACACAAGGAACGGUAUCCGGAGUGGUCGGCGCGGGAAAAUUAUGCGGUUAAUAAGAAAAAGACGAAGAAACGAAGGGAUAAGAGUAUUCCAUCGGAGAACAACGAUCAGAAGAAGUGCCGAGCCAGAUUCGGAGUUAACAACACAGAAAUGUGGUGUAAAUUCUGCAAGCGGAAGAAGAAGUGCGAGUACGCAACUGAUCGUUCGGGCGGUUCCGAUAUAACUGACAGUCAGGAUGGACGAGGUACAAGUGGUGCGUAUAGCAGUAGCUCGGAGAGCCCAUCACCAAAGGCAAACGCUGGAAUUGCACUGACCACACAGCAGCAGCAAGCAGCAAUGAUGCAUACGAUGUUGAUGCAAAUGCGUCUAGGAUCGACGACGGGAGCAUCGACGCACGUUCCAUCACCACUGGCGUCCUCGUCGGCAGGCAGGAGUCCGCUGGAUGCGAACGCGUCGGAUUCGGAAUCUGAUGUUGAGGAGGAGGAAGACGAGCAGAUUGAUCCGACGGUUAUGCAGCAGACACAUGAUAUGCUUAUGCAGGAAUCGAUGUGUACUAUUUAAGAAUCUUCUCCGGCAUUUAGUUUCGGAAAAUUUGAGGAAAAUCAACUUUUUCUCGAGGAAAAAAUUUUAAAAAAGAUGAAAAAACCGUGCCGCAGCGUUGCAAAAUUACGCCCCGCCUAUUUCUAUGCUUUGUUGAUUUUUGAAAAUUUCACAAUACAACAUGCCUGUUGAAACGUGAAUUUUGCAAAAAAAAAAAGCAGUGCCGCACAGAAUUAGGGCGGAGCCUAAUUUUGCAACCAUGCGGCGCGGUUUUUUCUUUUUUUUUUCUUCGAUUUUUUUUCGAUUUGUUGAAUUGGAUAACAUUUCCGCUCAAAAAAAAAGAAUAAAAUUGUAGCUUUAUUUAGAAAAAAAAUUUAAAAAAAAAAGAGAAAAAACUGUGCCGCAGGGUUGCAAAAUUACGCCCCGCCUCUAUUUCUGUGUGGCACUGAUUUUUUUUUUUGGCAAAAUUCACGAUUCAGCAGUGCCUAUAUGGCAGUAUAUAACACUGUUAAAACGUGAAUUUUGCAAAACAAAAAGCAGUGCCGCACAGAAAUAGGGGCGGAGCCUAAUUUUGCAACCCUGCCGCGCGGUUUUUCUUCUUUUUUUUAAUUGAUAAACUUUCGAUUUUACCUUUUGGCUAGAAAAAAAAUCCGCAAAAAACCGUGCAAAAUUACGCCCCGCCCCUUUUUCGAUGCGGCGUGCUUGCUUUUCACGGAUCUUCCUGAAAAAGUUGAUUUUCUUGAAAUUCCCGUCGGAAACCAUCUACCGUAUACCCCCUUCCCCACCACCAUCGUGCCCCCUCCGAGUGCUAUUUCAAUCCCCCGCCCCCCAAUCAAGCUUUCAUCACAAAUUUUUAAUCAUCUCUCAGCCCUCUCUCUCACAUCAUUGAUCUUCGUCGUACUCAUUUUAGGAUUCAUUUUUCGUCUUUUCGUAAAUUAUUUUUUUUUCUCAUUUUCAACAUUUUUUCUUCAAAUUUCGCGGGUCCACCUCACUCCUUCUCCUCCUCCUCCAAAAAAGAAACGUUGAAAGCAUUUAAAUUCUGUUUUUUUUUCACUUAAACUCGCCACUAGGACCAAAGAAUUUUUGCUGGAUAUUUUUUGAAUUUUUUUUACUUGUGAAUUAUGAAUUAUAUUAUGUACAAUUUCAUCAUCAUCAUCAUUUUUCUAUUUUUUUUUCCUCAUCUCAUCUGAUUAUGUUUCAUUUUGCUCAUUUUUCUCCUCCGUUACCUCGAGGUAAUAAAAUCUUU